CACAUGUUCUCGCGAGAUUAAACGCCAGGAAGUGAACGGUGGCGCCUGCGUGGAGAGUAUCAGCGUUACCGCCACAUACAUCUUUAUUAACCUUUCCAAUUUCUCUGUGAUUUCUUAAACGUUUAACAGCAACGCAAUACUGUGACUCGAAACUCGACCAUCAUGAGUAUACUCGCCAAAAUCGCAGAGAUUGAAAAUGAGAUGGCCAGGACUCAGAGGAACAAGGCCACCGCUCACCACUUGGGUCUGCUCAAAGCACGUCUAGCCAAGCUAAGGAGGGAGCUCAUCACUCCGAAGGGAGGCAGCGGUGGUGGCACAGGAGAGGGUUUUGACGUUGCAAAAACCGGCGACGCUCGUGUCGGCUUUGUGGGUUUUCCCUCAGUGGGGAAGUCUACGUUGCUGAGCAAUCUAGCGGGGGUCUACUCCGAGGUCGCCGCCUACGAGUUCACCACCCUCACAACGGUGCCAGGGGUCAUUCGCUAUAAAGGAGCAAAAAUCCAGCUUCUGGAUCUCCCCGGAAUCAUUGAAGGGGCCAAAGACGGCAAAGGCAGAGGGAGGCAAGUUAUCGCAGUGGCUCGAACCUGCAACCUGAUCCUGAUAGUGCUCGAUGUUCUGAAACCUCUCUUGCACAAGAGGCUAAUAGAACACGAACUAGAGGGAUUUGGCAUCCGACUGAACAAACAGCCGCCCAACAUCGGCUUCAAGAAGAAGGAUAAAGGCGGCAUCAACUUUACCGCCACGUGCGCACAAACCGAACUGGACAGCGAUACAGUCAAGACCAUCCUGUCAGAGUACAAGAUCCACAACGCCGACAUCACCCUCCGCAGUGACUGCACAGCAGAUGACCUCAUCGACGUGGUGGAGGGUAAUCGGGUCUACAUCCCCUGCAUUUACGUACUCAACAAAAUCGACCAGAUCUCCAUCGAGGAGCUGGACGUCAUCUACAAGGUGCCGCACUGCGUGCCAAUCUCUGCUCACCACCGCUGGAACUUUGACGACCUGCUGGAGAAGAUGUGGGACUACCUCAAGCUUGUGCGCAUCUACACCAAACCUAAAGGCCAACUGCCCGACUACACGUCUCCUGUGGUUCUGCCUGACCAACACACUGCCGUCGAAGACUUCUGCUUGAAGAUUCACAAGAACCUCAUCAAGGAAUUCAAGUACGCGCUGGUGUGGGGAGCGUCCGUCAAACACAACCCUCAGAAGGUGGGCAAGGACCACGUGAUGGAAGAUGAGGAUGUUAUCCAGUUGGUGAAGAAAUAGUACAAUCGUUUAAUUUAAAAAAAAAAAAAAAAGAUCAAUGUGGCAUCGUGUGCAUGACUCUAGCACCACAAAGACAAAUGUAAUGUGCUUGUCACGGCUGUCUUAUUUUGAAAUGGAUGACAUGAAUGUGCAUGUCACUUGGGAAUACUUCAACACCAUGAUUAGUUCAUAUUGAAUAUUGGUUAACGCUUGCAUUGAAUGGAAACAAUGUUAAACAAUAAAUGAGUCUCACAA